UUUCAAAAAAAUUUCAAAAAAUUUUCCUAUUCCCCAAAAAAGUCCGCAAAAAAUUCUUUUCAAGAAGAUGCCAAAUAAAAUUCAAACAAUAAAUUAUUUCCCUCAAUUUAUUUCUGAAGCUGAAGAAGAAAUUUUAAUAAAAAAUGUUUAUUCAGCACCAAAACCAAAAUGGCGACAACUUUCUAAUAGAAGAUUACAAAAUUGGGGAGGUGUAGUUUCUCAGAAAUUUUUGUUACAAGAAGAAUUGCCGAAGUGGUUAGAAAAUUGUAUUGACAAAAUAAUGAAAAUUCCUGGUGAUUUGACCUUUCCUCCAGAAAAUAGGCCUAAUCAUGUGUUGGUAAAUGAGUAUUUGCCUGGACAGGGAAUUUUGCCUCACACAGACGGACCUGCCUUCUUUCCAAAAAUUUCAACAAUUACUUUGGGCUCUCAUGCUCUUUUAGAUUUUUAUGAAGAAAAUGAGGAACAUCGAGAGCAUGUCGGUUCAGUCCUUUUAGAGCCUAGAAGUUUAAUUUUAAUAUCUGGACCGGCUUAUAAAUUGUUGCAUGGAAUUGAUGAGGUUUGGAAAAAAAUUUUUUUAAUUAUUAUUUAUUUAAAGGUUACAAGUGAUGGGAUAAGCUUAAGAAGUUUACUAAAUUUUAAUGAGAUUGGAACUACUUAUGGUGAUACAAAUAAUGAUUUCAUUAUUCUGGAGAGGAAAACUCGUGUUUCUUUGACAAUCCGUAAUGUCCCACAAGUGAAAAAAGGCUUAUUGAACUUCAAGUGA